AUGUCGACGUCCGAGGUCAGCAUGCAGGCAGAGGCGCCGGAGCCGCUUGAGAGCGGCGUGCAGGAUGCCCAGAUGAGCGGGACGCCGGAUGUGCAAGAAGGCCCAAAGAAGCGGCGUCCGGGUCGAAGGGAGAGGGAGCAGCUGAAGGGAUCAAAGAUGCAAGAUGCAGAUCUGCAGUGCGAUCUGCAGCCAGGGCAAUCAUUGAAGUGGCGUCCUCCACAUGUAUUGCUGGGCUGCACGCUUGUACUUCUGCUAGUGGGAGGGGCUUCACUUGCUUGCAGCUUCCGCGAGGAUCCAAAGGUCAGGCUGUUGAAAGUCCAGCAGCAAGAAAUUUUGGACGCCGAGAACCGCCAUCUGGCAAAGCUGAAGCAGCCAGCGGAAAUCAUGCAAAAGACUCUUGAUGGUGUCCUCAACCAAACCCGCCAAGAAGCUGUCGAUCACGAGGCCGUAAUCUCAAAGCUUGACAGCGAGAGGUUUCACGUGCAGCAUGGUGCAUGGAAGUUUUCCUGCAAUGCUGCGGACUUGGAAGCCAGUGCUCGUGCCAAGCUGGUUGGAUUUCCAGAGCCAGUUGUUGAGAAGAUUUUAGGCUCCCUGCUGUUCGACCUACAAGCAUCAGCUGACAAGAAAGACUUCAGUCUUGAUGGCCGCAGCUCCGUGGGGCACAUGUAUCGACACCGCCUGCAGAGCGCGCAGUCGAAUGGCGUGGUAUCAGUUGCUUUGAUGGUUUAUGGGGUCGACUUUGACAUGAAAAAAGUUGUGGACCACUAUGAAGAAAUCGAGGAGCCAGUGUAUGAGACGGCCCCAGGUCCUACAAAGCGGUGCACCACACGAUCUGUUAAUGGACCUCUUUGCGUCUUCCCUUUUUGGUACAAGGGCAUCCAUUACUCUCGAUGCACUACGGCUGCGAAAGGCUUGCUGUGGUGUGCGACAUCCACGUAUGAGGAUGGCAGCAUGUACCAUUGGGACUACUGUGGUGACAAGGAGGACUGCCAAGAAGAGACAUCAGAAUCGCCUGAGAUGGUCCGGAAGUUCGUUGGGAUGGCCAAGAAGAAGUUCCCAGUGUACUCGCACCGAGCACUUCCAGAAGGCGUCAGCGAGGGCGACCUCGAUCGGGCGCUUGACUAUGUGAGCAGCCGUGAUGCAAGGAGGGCUCUGUCAGAGUAA